AUGAAUCCAAUCGUCAGCGAAGAACUCGAAAUUAAACAUACAUUCAAUGAAAUCUCGGAUUUGAGCGAUUUCACUGUUAGUGAUGAUUUAGUGUCAAACAAUAUCAUCUGGAAUAUAUCGAUUGAACCGCUUCACAAGGAGCCGGAAAAUGUCAAACUCCUUACGGUGAAUCUCUACUUAGCCCAAAUUCAACCACCCAUUCAAAAUUUUAUAUGCGAAGUGAAUGCAAAAUUCGACUUUUGGAAAGAUGAUCAAAUCAUCGGAACUCGCGCAUUCCCGUUUGCACUCUGCUAUCGAAAUGUGCGUCAAAAUUGGGGAUUCGCACCUUUUAUGCAAUGGUCAAAUUUGAUAGCUCUUUUGGUUUCUGAUACAUUGACGAUUAGAGUCAAAUUUACAUACAAGUUCUAUAAUUUUGAUUUGAAUCGGGAAGAUUUCCGAAGUUUUCCGGUGAAAUUUGAAGUUGGAAGAUUGUUUGUCAACAAACAGGUUAACGUUUUUGUUUUCGGAAAAUUCAAUUAAAACAUUUUGCAGUACGUUGCAAUGUAUUCGAAACAUCUCCAGGAAGAAUUCAAAAAAUCACCGAAAUGCCUCAAAAUCGAAGAUGAAUCUGUGAACAUCAAGGAUUUCUGUCUUCUCUAUGCAGCAAUUCAUCCAAACCCUAUUCAAAUAACUGGAAAAACAUUCGUCAAACUUCUCUAUUUAGCGAAGCGAUUCAAAAUUGACAGUCUAAUCGAGAAAUGUGUGGAAAAUGGGGCGAAUUCGCCAAUUAUUCCGAUUAUCGAAAAAUUCAGAGGAGCUGAAUUACUUGAGCCGGAUAAUCGGUUGAUGGUAGGCUGCCUGGAUUUGUUCAAAACCCCACGUGAUUUCAAAAUCUUUGCGUUAGAUCCGGAUUUCGAAACAUUGAGGGAUUCAACUAGAUUUACAAUAUUAAUGGCGCUGGUUAAGAUGGUUUCUUGA